CAACAUUUGACGUUUCUUUAUUUUAUGUUCGUGUGUUGAAUCGUCGUAUUAUCAAUUUGUUGAAUGAAUAAGCAUUUCAUUAAAGAAAAAUAUUUUUAGUGCACAAAGUUUAGUGAUUUAGUAGUUCCAAAUGGCAAAAUACGACUGAGAUAUUCGAAAAGAAUUCGAAGAAUUAAAGCGAAUUAAAAGUGCGUGCGGCUAGCACAGUACACCGCGAGUUAAACCAUUAUUGUAUCACUUAUUGUAAUUCAACACCCAUCGAAGGUGUCAUAUAACUCGACUACACAACUUCCAUAAAGCUCAAAUAUCGAUAAGAUGGAUGCAAUCGGUGAUUCUGCUCAAGGACAAAGACUUGUCAAUUUUCGAAUUUUUUAUUUGAUCACACAGUUGGUGGGAAUUGCAAUCAUCAUCCUAAUGGCAGCCUGGAUAUCAUUAUUUUUGGGCGGCUUUGGUUGGUCAACACCUGCCAUUGAGUUCAAUUGGCAUCCCAUGCUCAUGACUAUUGGCAUGAUUUAUUUAUUCGGAAAUUCGAUUACACUGUACCGUGGUCUACGAUAUGCUAGGAAAAAGAAUUUAAAACUCUCCCAUGCCUCUCUAUUCGGCGUCAUUAUGGUUCUUAUCAUUCUUGCCCUGAUUGCCGUAUUCAAUUCACAUAAUAUGGCUAAGCCUCCGAUACCGAAUAUGUAUUCAUUGCACUCGUGGAUUGGCUUGUCAGCUGUUAUCUUAUUCGGAUGUCAGUGGGUCGCAGGAUUCGUCAGCUUUAUGUAUCCUCAAGUUGGCGGUCCAAUGAAAGUGACAUACAUGCCUAUUCACAUCUUCUUUGGACUAUUCGCAUUUGUCCUUGCGAUUAUCGCUGCAUUGCUCGGAAUUACUGAAAAGGCUGUUUUCCACAUGGGUGCUGAGAAAUAUUCCCAACUACCGGAUGAAGCGUUCGUUGUUAAUUCCAUUGGCGCUUUGAUUGUUACGUUUGCUGGACUUAUCGUAUACCUGGCAACGAAUGAAAACUACAGACGGGCUCCACUACCUGAAGAUGCGAUGUUACUGAUCGGACAUGAUGAUGAAAGACACAAUCUACUAAGUGAUGACGCGUCCUCUUCCAGUUGAGUUAGAAGUAUUUUUUCCUAGUUUUGGCUGUUUUUAUAUUUGGUUGUCUUAAUUUUGAACUAGAUAGAUAGGAAAACGUAAAAUCACAGGUUGUUUUUAUGAGUUUUUAGAGUUCAGAACACGUCGAUUCAGGUCUUGGCAAGUAAAUUCAAUAGCAUUGUCGAAAACCACGAUGAGAGUCUAAUGAUCAAAACACUUUUUAAACAUAUCACGUCGGACAUGAUAUUUCAACUUGAAGAUGACUUGUUUAAAGUUAUAGCCUCAGCAUAUGGUCUUACGGCAACUCAAAGACGCACAAGACGAUUGAAUUUAUUUUCCACUACCUGAAAAUGACUUGUUUCGAGUCUUAGUUUUUUUUAGUAAAACUUUCUAUCGUUUUUUUAGCCCUAAAGACUUAAUGAUUGUAAUAAAUUUAUGCAAAUUAAUCGUGAUUUAAAAAAUAUAUCAAUAAAGUCUAUAUGUACCUCUGUCUACUAUAUACAUCAUAUAUAAAUAUAACAAUGAGAAGUAUAACAAAAUAUAUUU